AUGGAGAACGGCUCGGCCAGCCAGGGAGCCGUCCCGGACGGCAGCGGCAACCAAACCCUGGGCAGGAUGCCCCGGCAGCCCCUGGAGCUGCAGGUGGUCACCAUCCUGCUGGUGCUGCUCAUCUGCGGCGUGGGCAUCGCCGGCAACGUGAUGGUGGUGCUGGUGGUGCUGCGCACCAAGCACAUGGUGACCCCCACCAACUGCUACCUGGUCAGCCUGGCGGUGGCCGACCUCAUCGUGCUGCUGGCGGCCGGGCUGCCCAACAUCUCGGACGUGGUGGCUUCCUGGGUGUACGGCUACGCCGGCUGCCUCUGCAUCACCUACCUGCAGUACCUGGGCAUCAACAUCUCCGCCUGGUCCAUCACCGCCUUCACGGUGGAGCGCUACAUCGCCAUCUGCCACGCCAUCAAAGCGCAGCUCCUCUGCACCGUGAGCCGCGCCAAGCGCAUCGUCUCCUCGCUCUGGCUCUUCACCUCCCUCUAUUGCCUCAUGUGGUUCUUCCUGGUGGACACCACCCAGGUCACCUUCUCGGAUGGGGCGCAAGUCACCUGUGGGUACCGGGUCUCCAGAAGCCUUUACAUGCCCAUUUACUUCUUGGAUUUCGCUGUCUUCUACGUCAUCCCGUUGGGACUGGCAACUGUCCUCUAUGGCCUCAUCGCCCGCAUCCUCUUCAUGAGCCCCCUGCCCGCCACCCCGCAGCACCCCUGCCUGGGCUCCACGCACCAGGGCGGCUCCCUCAAGCUCUCCUGCCGGGGCAGCAGGGGGGCCCUGAGCUCCCGCAAGCAGGUGACCAAAAUGCUGGCAGUGGUGGUGGUGCUCUUCGCCCUCCUGUGGAUGCCUUACCGCACACUGGUGGUGGUGAACUCCUUCAUGGACCCGCCAUAUCUGAACAUCUGGUUCCUGCUCUUCUGCCGGACGUGCAUCUACCUGAACAGCGCCAUCAACCCCAUCAUCUACAACCUCAUGUCCCAGAAAUUCAGGGCUGCCUUCAGGAAGCUCUGGGAGUGCGAGCAGAAGAGCACCAAGAACCCCGUGCCGCACAGCGCCCCGGUGUACUACAGCAUCACGAAGGACUGCUCUCACGGCAGCUCGGAUCUCCUCACCGAACAAGAAGAGCUGAACAGCCUCCCGGCACCUGCAAGGAAAAGCAGGCCUGCCAAAUAAAUACCAGGACCCUGAAACAACGCAGGAGCUAUGUGGCUGCACGCACCGUGCUGGGAAAGCGCCAACAGA